AUCAUCACUCAUCACACAUGCAUCGCGUACGAUGAAAUCGAGAAAAUCUUGCAUUUCUUAAGUUUCUGAGAGUGAUACUGCGGUUCUCCAAUAGGAGAAUGUUGCACGAGUUGCUUCUAUGCUUGGAGGGUUAUCCAGGAAGUAUUUUCGUGGAGGGAGAAAAGGGGAUCAUAAAGGUGGUUCCAGAUUUACCUUUCCUCCACAGCAGUGAAGUUUGUGUGUUGAACAGGCUUUGUGUUUUAGGAAUGUACUACAAACAAUUCAAAGCGUUUAUCAAGGAGUACGGUAGCUCCCCCGGUCAAUCAUUGGAACAGUCCAACUUGCCAAAGGAGGCCGCAAAAGAUCUCCUGAGACUGAAAGAUGGGCUGUACCUACGAGCUUUCUGCUCUGGUCUAGAUGAUGUACUCAAUCCGUACAGAAAAAUACUGCUUCAAUUAGAACAAGAGAUUCUCACAGACCCACACCUGACUGCAUGUCAUAUACAGGAGGUUCUGGAACCUUAUCAGCUGCUCUUCCCAGACCUGUGGGAGGUGGUGGAGAAAAUCCGAUACCAGAGGGGGCAUGGAGGUCAUAUACUGGAGAUCAUACACCAUCAUUGUAACUGCGGUAAACCAAUGGUCAAGGAUACCUUUCUAAAGAUCAUGUUUGUAUGUCACUGUGUGAUGUAUCGUCAAGUCACAACCUGGCUUCUCCAUGGCAUACUCCUAGACAGACACAAUGAGUUCUUUAUUCAUGAGUCAGCCGCACCGAGCCAGGUGGAGAGACAGCACGACGACGAUGACUUGGGAAUAGGCGGUGUGACUGGCAGGCAAAUGAAAGAAGUCAUGCAAUUGAAUGAAGUUGGUCGCCUUCCUGAGCGACCUAUCUAUACCCACUUUGCCAUCAGACCAGCCAUGUUGCCGAGCUAUCUACCAGUCAGAAUAGCAGAGAAGAUUCUGUUUGUUGGAGAGUCAGUACAGAUGUUUGAGAAUCGUAAACAGAACAUCGCUACUAAAUAUACAGAUUCCGUCUUGAGGGAUAAAGAAGACAUCUUUGCCAGCAGAUUCCAUCAGCUCAGACAGGAGCCAGACUUCUCCAUCAAGAACUUUGGUGAUGCUGUGGAUGAAAUCAGAGCUUGUGUAGCUGAGCACCUGUGGAAGCUUGUAGUGGAAGAUUCUCAUCUCAUGGGACAGCUGAACACACUGAAGGACUUCUUCCUGUUAGGGAGAGGGGAACUCUUCCUCGCCUUCAUUGAUCAAGUCCAGAACUUGUUGAAAACGCCACCGAUUGCUACAACAGAAAACGAUGUGAAUCUGGCUUUUCGUCAGGCAGCUCAUAAAGUACUUCUUGAAGACGAUACAUCCCUGAGCCAAGUGUAUCUCACAGUCGCCACCAAACCAGCCACAAAAGCUAGCGGCAAAAAAGGAGAUCCUGUACAGCCAUCUAAAGGCAGCGGUGACAUCGGCUGGAACUGCCUUGGAAUGACAUACAAUGUACAAUGGCCGCUACAUACAGUCUUCAACCAGGCGGCUCUGGAAAAGUACAACACACUGUUCCGUUUCUUACUGAACAUCAAACGUGUCCAGCUAGAGCUACAGCAGUGUUGGGCUCUUCAGAUGCAACGUAAACACGCUCCCGUAGACCAAUCAGACGCAAGUAAAUGGCGUCUCCGAUCCCACAUGGCGUUCCUUGUGGAUAACUUACAGUACUAUCUGCAGGUAGACGUCUUGGAGACGCAGUUCACCCAGCUGAUCGACAAGAUCAACAAUACCAGAGAUUUUGAAGCUGUAUGUCUCGCUCAUGAUCAGUUCUUGACGUCACUUCUUGGCCAGUGCUUUCUUCUCAUGAAGCCGGUGAGUCACUGUCUGAAUGAGAUCAUGGAGCUGUGUCAUGCAUUCUCUAUCUUACUCAUCACACAUUCUGCUAGUAUGACUGAGAGAGAAAUGGCUCAAAUGGACAAAUUAUCACAGGGUUUUAACCGGCAGUCAUCUCUGCUCUUCAAGAUUCUGUCAAGUGUACGAAGCCACCAUCAAGCAAGCCCGUACUUGGCGCAACUACUUCUCAGACUGGAUUAUAAUAAAUACUACAGCCAAGCAGAAGGGGCUCUAGCAACAUGAAUUGGGUUCUACCUAGUGAAUAGCCUGAACAAUAGCCUGAACAACCCAGCGAAUAGCCUGUUGCACACUUUAAGGCUGCCUUGAAACCUGCCUUGGGCCUAGUCAGAAUCCUUACGGAUGUACCUUUGAACUUGCAUUCAUUUAACAUGGAGAUUAGCAGUCAAAUCCUACAUACUUGUAUAAAAAAAA